AAAGCCAUCCUCUCACCAUCAGCAGAAACCGGCCAAACAUCGAAAAGCCAACGCGUCGCGGUCCUCUUCGCGAUUCUUUUCCUUGUUGCUUCUCUGAAAUUGGUCGCCGUGCACUUUCUUAUCAAAAUUUCCAAACGCGCUUAUCACCGCCACCUUCUGUCGCCGCGCCCGUUUAGGUGCUCUAUAGCUGUUUCAUUUGCUUGGUGCUUAGAUUUUCCCAGUCCGAUUACAGUGAAGCGUUCGGUUUGGUGGAUUUUUUUGUAUGCGUGGCUAAUUCAAUUUCCUCCUCGUCAUCAACGCUGGAAUUGACAGAAAAAUGCUGCCCUACCGGAUGUUGUUAGUGACCGUUUGUGCUUUGUUUGCUUUGAUUCAACAGACGGUAGCAAAUGACGAGGGAUCCUGCCACUCGUUUGCCGGAGGUCAUGUAUACCCCCAGGAGGACGUCCGCUCUGCGGAUCAUAAGCUCCAGUGGACCAAGGCGGUAAUCUCGCGGCCGGCGCCGAACUUCGAAGCGACCGCCGUGGUGGACGGGGCCUUCAAGAAGGUUAAACUGUCCGACUACCGGGGCAAGUAUGUGGUGUUCUUCUUCUACCCGUUGGACUUUACCUUCGUGUGCCCCACGGAAAUUCUGGCCUUCUCGGACCGGGCAAAGGAAUUUAGGAAGCUGAACGCCGAGGUGAUUGCGGCCAGCAUCGACUCGCACUUCACGCAUCUGGCGUGGAUUAACACACCGCGGAAGGAGGGCGGACUGGGCAAGAUCAACAUUCCACUGGUGAGCGACAUUACGCACAGCAUCGCCAAGGACUACGGAGUGUACCUGGAUGACCUGGGCCAUACGCUGAGAGGUCUCUUCAUCAUCGAUGAUCGCGGUAUUUUGCGGCAGAUUACCAUGAAUGACUUACCGGUUGGCCGUUCGGUCGACGAAACCCUACGAUUGGUACAAGCCUUCCAGUAUACCGACAAGCACGGAGAGGUGUGUCCGGCAGGAUGGAAACCUGGUCAGGAUACGAUUGUGCCAAAUCCAGAGGAAAAGAUGAAGUACUUCGAGAAGAACCAUAAAUACUAGGUUAGAGUACCUUUUAUCUUAAACAUAAGAAAAUUUACACUCUUUCUAAAGCGCAUUAUCAUUAAGAUCAAUAAACAGCGGCGCGGAGUACAAUUUAA